AUGAGGACCUGGGCUUGCGUUUUGCUGAUAGGUUUUGGCUACCUGUCCUUUGCCUUCUCCGAGAUACGGUUGUGUGUCACAGAGUGCGCACUGUUUGUGGGAGCUUUCAGUAAAACGGGAUACGAUGAUGUUUCAGAAACAAACUUGAGAUCUUACAGUGUUCAUUCUGCUAAACAUGUGCAAGAGAAUCGUCCUGUGCCCAUUCGCAGAAAAAGAAGCAUUGAGGAAGCCAUCCCGGCUGUCUGCAAAACACGGACGGUUAUAUACGAGAUACCUCGGAGUCAGAUUGAUCCCACCUCUGCCAACUUCCUGAUAUGGCCACCCUGCGUGGAGGUGAAACGUUGCACUGGCUGUUGCAACACCAGCAGUGUGAAAUGCCAGCCGUCGCGGAUACAUCACAGAAGCGUCAAGGUGGCAAAAGUGGAAUAUGUUAGAAAAAAGCCAAAAUUAAAAGAAGUUCUGGUGAGAUUAGAAGAGCAUAUGGAAUGCACCUGUACAUCAUCAAAUACUAAUUCAGAUUAUAGAGAAGAAGAAACUGGAAGGCCUAGGGAAUCAGGUAAAAAACGGAAACGAAAAAAGUUAAAACCAACAUAA